CAAUCGUGUUCAACGGUCGUUGAAAGUGUUUGACGGAGAAGAAUGGAGAAAUCGGGGAAGAGAGUGUUGCUGACCUCAAACGGCGACGAAGUUUCGCAGGGUAUUGCUUUCCAUUUAGCCAAACAAGGAUGCAGGUUGGUUUUGAUGGGAGAUGAGGCCUGCUUGCUGAGCAUAGCCAACAAAAUCAUGAGUUCCCUCAACCUCAGAGGUUCUGAUCCUGUGGUCCAGGUCGUUGGUUUGGACAUGGAGGGUGAAUCCGAAUCCGUUUUUCAUGACUCUGUUGACAAGGCAUGUCAGAUAUUGGGCAAAUUGGAUGCUUUUGUUAACUGUUACACUUAUGAAGGAAAGAUGCAAGAGCAUCUUGAGUUGGCUGAGAAUGAGUUCAAGAAAAUAGUGAAGAUCAAUUUUAUGGCUUUAUGGUUUUUGUUAAAAGCUGUUGGCCAAAGGAUGCGGAACUUCAAGACAGGAGGUUCCAUUGUAUUCUUAACAUCUAUAAUAGGUUCUGAAAGAGGGCUUUAUCCAGGAGCUACUGCAUAUGCCUCAGCUUUGGCCGGAGUGCAGCAGUUAGUUAGGGCAUCGGCUUUGGAGAUAGGAAAGUACCAGAUCAGAGUUAAUGCUAUUGCAAGGGGCCUGCACCUGCUUGAUGAAUUCCCAUUAUCUGUGGGAAGGGAAAGGGCAGAGAAGUUGGUGAAGGAGGCAGCGCCACUUGAACGAUGGCUUGAUGUUAAGAAUGAUCUGGCUUCUACAGUUAUCUAUCUAAUCAGUGAUGGAUCAUGCUACAUGACAGGAACAACCAUAUUUGUUGAUGGGGCACAGUCUAUAACCAGGCCUCGUAUGCGUUCCUUUUUGUGAUUUUUCCUCACAAUAUGAGCAGCUAGAUAGAACUGAAAGGAAUCUUGCAAGGGAUGUUCUACCACACAUUUCUUGAAAUGACAUCAUUUGUGAAAAAGAAAGUCAUAUUUGGUGGGUUUAGCUACAAUGUUGGUGUAUCAUUAGAUAUAUAAUUUAUCGAAUAAAUAUCAAGUUGGAGCUUUACUAAACAA